UAUGUAAACGGGAGAGCACAGGGGAUCUGGCAGAUCACACAACACACAGAUGCAAGCUGUAUAGCCAUUCUUACCUUGAAGCCUGAUCCUGGGUAUGAAGGUCAUGGAAGUCUCCCAUUUGAUCGGUGUCAUUGUUCUGGCAUUGAUACCCGGAAUACAGACCACGACAACCCGACCUGUUACGACCAGUCAUUCCAUGCCACAAAAUUUUCAAUGCCUUAAUGGUGGUCUUUAUGAUGGGAUUAAGUGCAUCUGCUCGGAUGAUUAUUUUGGAACAAUUUGUGAGUCUGCCAUAGAUAAAGUUGUUAUCGGUAAGUCAAUUAACACAACAGUGGUACUUGAAAUCCGAAUCACAAACCGAGAAUAUACCGGUGAUCUGAGUGACGUAACAUCGGAUGGAUAUAAGCAGUUUGAGGAGGUUUUUAAAGCAGAGAUGAAAUAUGUUUAUGGAGAUAUCCCUGGAUAUAGAGAUGUCAUUAUAAACUCUCUGAGGGCAGGCAGCGUCAUUGUGGAUCACGAUGUGAUCGUGGAGAUGGAAUUCCAUUCAUAUGUGAGUGUGAACGAAAUGUACGAAGAGAUAUUUCAAAGAGUUCAGACGGAGUUCGAGGAGUUCAUCGGGAGCAAUUGUACCCCUGGAGAUUCACCCCUGUGCAUUUCUUCUGUCACCAUAGCAAAGCAUCCUCCACCCACUCCACAAGAACUCUGCGAUGACCGUUUGCCCCCUGGCAUUAAAGAGUUCUACACUCCAGUGAUUAGACCCGAAGGCCUGGUCUGUGUGUCUGACUGUAGUCAGGAAUCGGAAAAAUAUGUCAACUGCAAUGUUGGUCAGUGUGCACUCCAACCCCAGACGGGACCCGAAUGCUUCUGCCCGAACACAGACAUAUAUAUGUACACCUCCCCGCGAUGCAGAGGUCGGGUGUUAAAAGCAGCUCUGUACGGAGGCGUAGGAGCCGCCGCUGGUCUCUUGGUGACCGCCAUUGCCAUCAUGGUGAUAAUGCUCUACAGAUCGAAACGACAGAGGCCUCAACGGCUUUAUGAGGAGCCCAAGUACUGAAUGGGGCGGCGGACGCAGCUUUUUUUCCAACAUAAUACCUGGUCGUGCAGAAUUUGUAUACUCGGGAAGCUACCUAUACUCCUCUACCAGAGCUCCACCAUCCAACCUCACAUGGAAGCAAAAGGGUGGGGUCUUGAGGGUACUGGCUGGGACAUGAAAGGGGUCAAACUUGUUUGGGUUACGGUGGGCAAAUAUAAUUACCGUCUUCCUUUUAA